CAACUCCCUUUCUCUACUCUCUGAAAACUUUUUGUUGUUGUCGAUCGGUUAUCGCUUUCUCCAUCGAAGAAGCACGUAUAUAUACACUCACACACACACACACACACACACACACACACACACCAAUCCGUAUAUAAGCGUGCACACAAUAGAGUUACCGGACAACCACAUCUUUUUCUAUAAUUUACAACACACAUUCCCAUCUAGUCUAUAAAUCAUACAAAGCAUCCUAUUACAAUAACAUCAACCAUCAUGUCCUCCUCCUCAAAGACCGUCUCGGAGCACUUUUUGGGUGGAAACUCAUUGAACAAUGCACCAGCUGGCACUGUGCGAGAUUUCGUUCAGGCCAAUGAAGGUCAUACUGUCAUCACAAAGGUUCUUAUCGCCAACAACGGUAUGGCUGCUAUGAAGGAGAUUCGUUCCGUCCGAAAAUGGGCCUACGAAACGUUUGGAAACGAACGUGCUAUCGAAUUCACUGUUAUGGCCACUCCUGAGGAUUUGAAGGCCAACGCAGAAUACAUCAGAAUGGCAGAUCAAUACGUAGAAGUACCUGGAGGUAGCAACAACAACAACUACGCUAAUGUUGAACUCAUUGUUGAUAUUGCUGAGCGCACUGGUGUUCAUGCUGUUUGGGCUGGUUGGGGCCACGCUUCUGAAAACCCUCGACUUCCUGAAUCUUUGGCCAAGUCAAAGCACAGAUGUGUCUUCAUUGGUCCCCCGGGUUCCGCUAUGAGAUCACUUGGUGACAAGAUCUCCUCUACCAUCGUCGCACAGAGCGCUGAUGUCCCUACCAUGGGAUGGAGCGGUGACGGUAUUGACGAGGUCAUCCGUACUCCUGAAGGCCACGUCAUGGUCGCUGAAGAUGUGUAUGAAAAGGCUCUGGUUAGAACCGCUGAAGAUGGUUUAGCUUCGGCUGAAAAGAUUGGCUUCCCUGUCAUGAUCAAGGCUUCCGAAGGUGGUGGUGGUAAAGGUAUCCGUAAGGUCGACAGUGCUGAAAACUUCAAGCAGCUUUUCGCUCAAGUCCAAGGUGAAAUUCCUGGUUCUCCUAUCUUCAUCAUGAAGCUCGCUGGCAAUGCUCGCCAUCUUGAAGUCCAACUUUUGGCCGAUCAGUAUGGCAACGCCAUCAGUUUGUUCGGUCGUGAUUGUUCCGUUCAACGUCGUCAUCAAAAGAUUAUUGAAGAGGCUCCUGUCACCAUCGCCAAACCCGAUCGAUUUGAGGCUAUGGAAAAGGCCGCUGUCCGCUUGGCCAAGCUCGUCGGUUACGUGUCGGCUGGUACUGUUGAGUACCUUUACAGUCAUCAACAAGACAACUUCUUUUUCUUGGAGUUGAACCCAAGACUUCAAGUUGAACAUCCUACCACUGAGAUGGUGUCUGGUGUCAAUUUGCCCGCUGCUCAAUUGCAGAUUGCUAUGGGUAUCCCUCUUUACCGUAUUCGUGAUAUUCGUGUCCUUUAUGGUCUGCAACCCAACGGUACCUCUGAAAUCGAUUUCGAUUUCGCUACCCAACAGGCCCAAGAGUCUCAACGCAAGCCUACUCCCAAGGGUCACGUUAUUGCUGUCCGUAUCACGGCUGAAAACCCAGAUGCUGGUUUCAAGCCUUCUUCUGGUAUGAUGCAAGAACUCAAUUUCCGUUCCAGUACAAAUGUUUGGGGUUAUUUCUCAGUUGUCUCCGCUGGUGGUCUUCACGAAUUUGCUGACUCUCAAUUUGGUCACAUUUUCGCUUACGGUGAAAACCGUCAACAAUCACGAAAGAACAUGGUCGUUGCUUUGAAGGAAUUGUCCAUUCGUGGUGAUUUCAGAACCACAGUUGAAUACCUUAUUCGUUUGUUGGAGACCCCCGACUUUGAGCAUAACACCAUCAACACUGGCUGGUUGGAUACUCUUAUUUCCAACAAGUUGACUGCCGAGCGUCCUGAUACUACUCUCGCUGUCUUCUGCGGUGCUGUCACCAAGGCUCACAGCAUGUCCAUUGAAUGCUGGCAACAAUACAAGGCCAGCCUUGAAAAGGGUCAAAUCCCUAGCAAGGACACUCUCAAGACCGUCUUCACUGUUGACUUUGUCUAUGAGGAAGUCCGUUACAAGUUCACUGUCACUCGGUCUGGCCCUGAUCUCUAUACUCUCUACCUUAACGGUACCAAGACCAUGGUCUCCGUUCGUGACUUGUCCGAUGGUGGUCUCCUUGUCUCUAUUGGUGGCAAGUCUCACACCACUUACUCUCGUGAGGAAGUCCAAGCCACUCGUAUGAUGAUCGACGGUAAGACAUGUUUGUUGGAGAAGGAAAGUGAUCCUACCCAACUUCGUUCUCCUUCACCUGGUAAGCUUGUUAGCUUGCUUAUUGAGAACGGUGAUCACAUUAAGGCUGGUCAAGCAUUUGCUGAAAUCGAGGUCAUGAAAAUGUACAUGCCUUUGAUCGCAACGGAGGACGGUAUUGUUCAAUUCAUUAAGCAGACCGGUGCUACUCUUGAGGCUGGUGAUAUCAUUGGUAUCCUCGCUUUAGAUGACCCUACUCGUGUUAAGCAAGCCACUCCCUUCAAUGGACAGGUUCCCUCUUUCGGACCUCCCCACAUUGUUGGUGACAAGCCCAUCCAAAAGUACAUUGCCAAUACCCGCAUUCUUGAUCUCAUUUUGCAAGGUUUCGACAACCAAUCUUUGGUCCAAGCUACCGUCAAGGAACUCACCGAGGUUUUGAGAAACCCUGCUUUGCCUUAUUCCGAGGUGUUGUCCAUGUUCUCUGUUCUUUCUGGUCGUAUGCCUGCUCGUUUGGAGAACACUUUGGUCAGCAUUACUGAGAAGGCUCGUGCUGCUGAAGAGGAAUUCCCUGCCAAGCAAUUGCAAGAGGCUGUUCAAGAAUUUGUUCGCGCCAACAUCAACACCCAGGCUGAAGCCACCAACUUGAAGAACUCUUUGGCUCCCCUUACUGACAUCUUUGAGCGCUACAAGGAUGGUCUUAAGCAACACGAAUAUGCUGUCAUUGUUCAGUACAUUGAAAAGUACUAUGAUGGUGAAAUCCUUUUCAACGGCCAAGUUCGUGAAGAAGAAGUCAUUCUUACUCUCAGAGAUCAAAACAAGGAUAACUUGGAUAAUGUCGUCAGCAUUGUUCUUUCUCACGCCAAGGUGGUUAGCAAGAACAACUUGGUGUUGAUGCUUUUGGAUCUUAUCAACCCUGCCUCUGGUGCUCUUGACAAGUACUUCACUACCGUCUUGAAGAAGUUGUCUGAGCUCGAUACUCGUGCUACUCAAAAGGUUGCUCUCAAGGCUCGUGAAUUGCUCAUCCUUUGCCAACUUCCAUCUUAUGAAGAACGCAAGUCUCAAAUGUACCAAAUUCUUAAGAGUUCCGUCACUGAGAGUGUUUAUGGUGGUGGCACCGAGUCGCGCCCUCCUAGCUAUGACGCCUUCAAGGAUUUGAUUGAUACCAAGAUCAACGUUUUUGACGUUUUGCCUACUUUCUUCUACAAUGAAGAUCCAUGGAUCAGCUUGGCAGCCAUUGAAGUUUACUGCCGUCGUUCUUACAACGCAUACAAGAUCUUGGACAUCGAUUACCAAUUGGAAAACGAUCCUUACGUUGUUGCCUGGAAGUUCUUGCUUCCUACUGCUGCUCGCUCUGUUGACUCUCCCAACAAGCGUAUCGCUUCUCACUCUGAUUUGACCUUCUUGCUUAGCAAGACUGAAGAGGAGCCCAUCCGUACUGGUGCUAUGAUUGCAUGCAAGUCCAUCGAGCAACUCGAAGACAACUUGAACCGUGUUCUUUCUCCUUUCCUUGAGCAAGAACCUGCUUUCCCUGCUAUGAUGAUGAACCGCCCCAACGGUGCUGCCAAGCCCAAGGUCACUGAGUGGAUCGCAUCUCACGCUGAAGAUUUCCGCAAGGCUAACCUUCGUCGUAUCACCGUCGUUGUCUGCCGUGUCAACCAGUGGCCCGAUUACUAUACCUUCCGUGAGCAAAACGAUUACUCUGAGGAUCAGACCAUUCGUCACAUUGAGCCUGCUAUGGCUUACCAACUUGAAUUGGCUCGUCUUUCCAACUUCGAUAUCAAGCCUUGCCACAUCGAGAACAGACAAAUGCAUGUCUACUAUGCUGUUGCCAAGGAGAAUCCCCAUGAUUGCCGUUUCUUCAUUCGUGCCUUGGUUCGUCCUGGUCGUGUCAGAGACUCUGUCCGUACUGCUGAUUACCUUAUCUCUGAAAGUGAUCGUCUGCUUAACGAUAUUCUUGACACCUUGGAAAUCGUUGGUCAGCAAUACAAGAACUCCGAUUGUAACCAUUUGUUCAUCAACUUCAUCCCCACCUUUGCUAUUGAAGCUGAAGAUGUCGAGAAUGCUUUGAAGGGCUUCGUCGACCGUCACGGAAAGAGACUUUGGAAGCUUCGUGUCACAGGUGCUGAAAUUCGUUUCAACGUUCAAUCCAAGCGUUAUGACUCCCCUAUCAUUCCUCUCAGAUUCACUGUCGACAACGUUUCUGGUUUCAUCUUGAAGGUUGAUGUCUACCAAGAAGUCAAGACUGAAAAGGGUAACUGGGUCCUCAAGUCCAUGAGCGGCGAGCCUGGCCCCAUGCACUUGCAAUCUUUGAGCACUCCUUACCCUACCAAGGAAUGGUUGCAACCCCGUCGCUACAAGGCCCAUCUUAUGGGAACCACCUAUGUUUAUGAUUUCCCUGAACUCUUCCGUCAAUCCGUUCAAGUCGAAUGGUCUAAGGCUGUCAAGGCUAACCCUGCAUUGAAGGCUCCUUCCAAUGUUCUUGAGAGCAAGGAAUUGAUGUUGGAUGACGAUGGUCAGCUUCAGGAAAUUGAUCGUGCUCCUGGUACGAACACGGUUGGUAUGGUUGCCUGGCUCUUUAAGAUGCGCACUCCCGAAUAUCCCCAGGGUCGUCGUGUUAUUGUCAUUGCCAACGAUAUCACGUUCAAGAUUGGUUCUUUCGGUACCGCUGAAGAUGACGUCUUCUACAAGGCUUCUGAAUACGCUCGUACCCUUGGUAUUCCUCGUGUCUACUUGUCUGCCAACUCUGGUGCUCGCAUUGGUCUCGCUGAUGAAUUCAUCAGUCAAUUCAAGGCUGCCUGGAAGGAUCCCGAAAACCCCUCUGCUGGUUUCAAGUAUCUCUACUUGACUCCUGAGCUCAACCGCACCAUCAACCAAAAUGGUCAACCCACUAUUCUCACUCAGGAAAUUGUUGAUGAUGGUGAGACUCGUUACCGUAUCACUGAUGUGAUCGGUUCUACUGAUGGUUUGGGUGUUGAAAACUUGAGAGGCUCUGGUCUCAUUGCCGGUGCUACUUCCCGUGCCUACGAUGAUAUCUUCACCAUUACCCUUGUUACCUGCCGCUCUGUUGGUAUCGGUGCUUACCUUGUCCGUCUUGGUCAACGUACCGUUCAAAACGAAGGUCAACCUAUCAUCUUGACGGGUGCUCCUGCCUUGAACAAGGUUCUGGGUCGUGAAGUCUACAGCUCCAACUUGCAGUUGGGUGGUACUCAAAUCAUGUACAAGAAUGGUGUGUCUCAUUUGACCGCUGAGAACGAUUUGGAAGGUAUCGGAAAGAUUGUUCACUGGUUGUCUUACAUUCCUGAAUGCCGUGGCGCACCGGUCACUAUGGCUAUUGGUGCUGACCCCGUUGACCGUGAUAUCGAGUACACUCCUCCUCGUGGACCUUCCGACCCUAGAUGCUUCUUGGAUGGUAAGGAAGAGAAUGGCAAGUGGCUCAGUGGUUUCUUCGAUCAAGGUUCUUUCGUGGAAACUUUGUCUGGUUGGGCUCGUACUGUGGUGGUUGGUCGUGCCCGUUUGGGUGGUAUCCCCAUGGGUGUUGUUGCUGUUGAGUCUCGCACGGUUGAGAACAUCGUUCCUGCUGAUCCUGCCAACGCUGAUUCCACCGAACAAUUGCUUAUGGAAGCCGGUGGUGUCUGGUACCCCAACUCUGCCUACAAGACUGCUCAAGCUAUCAACGAUUUCAACAAGGGUGAACAACUUCCUUUGAUUAUCUUUGCUAACUGGCGUGGUUUCUCGGGUGGUCAACGUGAUAUGUUCAACGAAGUUCUCAAGUAUGGUGCUCAAAUUGUCGAUGCUUUGAGCAACUACAAGCAACCUGUGUUCGUUUACGUCAUUCCUAAUGGUGAACUCCGUGGUGGUGCCUGGGUCGUCGUGGACCCCACUAUCAACCAAGAUAUGAUGGAGAUGUAUGCCGAUGUCAAGGCACGUGGUGGUGUUCUCGAACCCGAAGGUAUUGUUGAAAUCAAGUACCGCCGCGCCCAACUGUUGGCUACCAUGGAACGUUUGGAUGAGAAGUAUGCUAGCUUCAAGGCUCAAGUUGAAGAUAGCUCCAAGACGGCUGAAGAGAAGGCUGAAGCUAAGCGACAGAUGGAAGAACGUGAACAAGAACUUUUGCCUGUGUACCAACAGAUUGCUUUGCAAUUUGCUGACCUUCACGAUACUGCUGGUCGUAUGAUGGCCAAGGGUGUCAUUCGCAAGCCUUUGGAAUGGAAGGAUGCUAGACGUUACUUCUACUGGAGAUUGCGUCGCAGACUUGGUGAAGAAUAUGUCUUCCGCUCUUUGUUGACGGCCAACGCCAAGUUGACCCGUGAUUCCAUGCUUGCCUUGUUGAAGCAGUGGUUCCAAGCUGAUGUUGAGCAAGAGCAUAACUGGGAAGACGAUGAUCAAGCUGUUAGCAACUGGUUCGAUCACCACGCUACAUCUAUUCAAGACAGAAUCAGCCGUAUCAAGAGCUCUGCUACCAGUGACCAAAUUCUUUCCCUUGGCUCCAACGAUCAACAAGCUGUGGUUGAUGGUUUUGCUAAGCUCCUGGAAAACAUGAGCGCUGAUGCUCGCAAGGAAGUUCUUAGACGAUUGGCUGUGUCUGCUGGUAUACAGUAAACUAUGCUCGGAGCAUCUUAAUCUACAUGACGGAAUAGGAUCCCUUGUAUCCCAAACCAUCUCUCUACAGUUUCGUAGUUGAUUGUAUAUUAGUUUUUUUCUUUUCCAAAGACAUUUCCCCCCGAUUAUCUUUCUAUUCUUUUUUUUUGUAUCUCAAAUAAAACUAUGCAGUGUGUGUGUGUAAUCAUUUAAAUAUCAAAAAGCAAAAAGUAAAGAAAAGUGCGAUAGAAUGUCAAGUUCUGG